CAAACUCUCUCAGACUUGGGACCCGAGCAUUUUACGAAAGCUUCAGUGUGCAGGUAAUGCCGGGGUUGGUGUGUGGGUGAUGUAUGUUUUGUUGUUAUAUGUCAAAAAAUCAAUAAAAAGUUUUUUUUAAAAAAACAAAAACACACGAACACACAUAUCCUGCUCACACACAAAAGCAAAUCUCACUACAGCCAACCAAAGACAACCAACCACACCCUACGCCACCCCCAACCUCUCUCACCACCAAGGAAAUACAAGAAGUGAAUAGUAAGAGAACCCACACAAGUGAUGCCGACACAAAACCCCACACAUAGACUAAGUAGAAGAAUAGAAGCAUUGCCACCCGACCCCACUCCCCACUCCCACUUCCCCCCCUCUUUACUUCCUAACCUAACACUGUAUGUAACACUAAUGUCUCACAACAAAUGAAACUGAUCUGUGGAAAACUCAGCUUGAAAAAAGAGACAAUGCACAUAUUUUUGUAAACCAAUAAAUCUUUAAUAAAAUAUAUAUUUUAAAAGACAAAUAAAGAUCCAUACAGGUUUAUAGAAUAAUUUAACAUUUAUUAAUUAAAAUAAACGGGGAGGGAGAUCCUACUGAUAUCAAGGGAUAAGUACAUAGGACCAAAGUGUUAAAUUUAUGGGUGAUGUGCAAGCAGAUAUAUCACCAGAUAUUUCAACCUGCUGUGUCCACCCCAGAGAUCGGCAACGUGGUGCCCAAGGGUAUGCAUGUGCCCACAGAGAGCUUUCAUGGUGUCUACAGGGUCCCUUCCCUUGCUGAAAUUAGACUUAAAGGGCCAAAGAUUUAUACAAUCGGGAGAGAAACCAGAGUAAUGGGGAAUGGGGAAAAUUUAUUGUGUAUGUGCAGAAAUACCGUUCUUUUCCAUCUAUAAGACACCCCCAUGUAUAAGACACCCCUAUUGUGGGGGACUCAAAUUUCAGAAAAUGGUCUUCAGCUGGUAGGUCACGGCUGCCUGCUCCAAGGUUGGCUACAGCAGGAGCACCACCGCUGUGCAAUUAUAAGGGGAAAGAUUAAGAAACCGGGUCCCCAAAUGCAUGUUUGGGUUAAAAGUGGCUCCUGAGUCUUAUAAGGCUGAAGAUACACAUGUUUUACACACCAAAAAGGGGCCAAUGGAUGAGUCUUCAGGAAGGGCUGGGGAAGAUUCCUGUCUGAGACCAUGGCAAAUGGACCAAUGAGUUGCCUCAGAACAGGCAUCCCCAAACUGCGGCCCUUCAGAUGUUUUGGCCUACAACUCCCAUGAUCCCUAGCUAACAGGACCAGUGGCCAGGGAUGAUGGGAAUUGUAGUCCAAAACAUCUGGAGGGCCGAAGUUUGGGGAUGCCUGCCUCAGAAUAAGGAAUCUACCUUUGUUCCUGUCUUUUUCCAAGUGAUAUAUGAAUGCUAUGUAUACAUUUUGCAGGCUCUAUCAGGGACCCCCUGUUGCUAGAGGAAGACACACCAGAUCACAGAAAGAAUCAGGAUCUGUCAGCUGUUCCGCCGAAAUAUAAUCUUCUGCAUAUUUUCUGUUCACCGUACCAAUACAUACAGGCUGAAUUAGAAGAAGAGCAGGCUAAGCCAGGCCUUGCUUCCUCAUCUCAGAAACAAUAUGAGGAAAAAGCCAGACUGGGGGAAAGCUAUGAAGAAGGAAAACAUGCCAGAAUAAGAGCUCGUAUUCCUUUAAGGAUUUCAGUAAGAAAACUGAGUUUUCACCUUCCACGGCAGCAGGCAAAGGAGCCCACCUGGAGCCAGCACACAGCAUAUAGCAGGAUUCCAGAGGACAGAUGGGUGGACGUUCCCCGAGACGGAGAGGUUCAAGGCCACAGUGAAGAAGUCGCGAACCAAUCCAGAGAUCAUCAAGCAAUGGGGAAAACCAGCAUUGAUACUUCUGAGCUCGGGUGCGAGAAAUCCCACGUGACUUUCUAUGGAGGUUUCUUCCCUGGAAAAAAGAUCACAUACAGCGUUAACCAAAAGUAUCUGAAGGGCAAACAUGGGAGAGAUGAAGGAACCCCUGUGACUACAGACUUGUUCUCUCCUAUUCAACCAGGAACAAGGCCAGAGCAAUGUGAAGUCAUGAAAGAACAUAGGAAGCAGGUGCCAGAGAUUUGCAGGUUGCCUCAGAUAUCCGAAGACUCGCCCAGAGCUUAUAGGGGAAAAUUUAAAUCUGGGAAGCUUCCCAAAGAACCUGUGGCUUUCCCAUUGCUUGUUCAGCUGGAAAGGGAUCCUGAGGCAAAAACCCUGAGAGGAACUAGUUGUAAUGAACCCAGACCUGAGGUCGAUGUCUGUGAUGAGCAUCUGUCUGCUUUGCCAAAUGAUCUCAUUUUAGAGCCAGAACAUAAAAAUCAGCAGCAGCAGGAGGAGGAGAGGAUGAUGAUCAAUAGUGAGAUCCUGGAGGCUUCCCAAGGUAGUUUCCACCUACCUCCAAUAAAUAAUGGAGAGUUUCUGCUCAACGGAAGGAAGAUGAGAAAGAAAGAAGAGCAUUCUGAAAAGAACAGCCAGUAUCAAAGAGGUCUGUCCUCGACUUACGAACAUCAGAAUGGCACCUCACUCCACCAUCUCCCCCCCGAUACAGAAAUCCCGUAUCCAUCACUCUUGGGAUCCGUCCAAACUACUGACAAUCCCAGGCACUCUGGAUUCAUUCCAGACGAAGAAGGGGAUGGUGAAUUAUUCCUUAAAACGAGGGCAGCUGUUUCCAUAAGCUCACCGGAGACCCCGCCUGCGACAGGAGAACUUCAUGGGAAGGAAGCCCUGAAAAGGCAACAAGCAGGGAAGCUGCGAAGAAACCAGCACGGCACAGGAAAUGAGCAAAGCACCAAGGGGGAUGAGAGAGUUCAGGCUGAAUCCAGAAAGGGGGACCAGCGAAGUCAAGGUGGCCUCUGCGGGAACAGGCAUCUCCUGCGGAGUAAGGAAGAGGAGGGACUCUCCAGCUUGCCACCAACAGACAGCAGAAAGGAGAAGGAUGUUGGCAACUUCUUAGAAGAUACAGAAAAACAACUGGAUAAUUUGCCCCAGUCAGCUAGCCUCUCACACCUGGAACCACACAUUGCCCAUCCCAGGAUUUCUGCACCAGAUAGGGAGAAGAUCUCUGAAUCGGACAGCACCAACACAGAGAUUCUUGACCGCAGUGCUGAAAUUGAGAAGAGCGCAAGAAUGGGCCCCCAUUCAUCUGAAAAACAUCAGGUAGAAGAAGAUGAUGGUGAUGAUGGUGAAGAAGAAGAAGAAAAAGCAAUGUUGCCAGAGAAAACCAGAAAGCCAACUAAGGGCCCUGAUCCCAAGGCAGCUGCAAGUGUUGUUGAGGACAAAGCGAAGACAGGGAAGAAGAAGCCUGAAUCGGUGAGAAGUGGAGCUGUAGUGAAAGUGCAGAAGAAGACGCUCAAGAAAGAUAAACGGACAGAUUUUGUUGUAGGGAAACCAAAACAGAAGAAGGCUGUUGGGAAAACGGUUCCUUAUUCCAAAGAGAAGUCAGCAGGUGUCAAAAGAUCGGAGGCUGCAGAGGACUCAAACCAGGAUGAAGAAAAAGGGGAUGCAGCUGCUGAAAUAGAGAAGAUCAGUUCUCUUGUAGAAGGAGAAGGAGGAGACGAAGAUGAAAAGGGAGGCUUUUCUGAUCAAAGCCCUCCUUCUUCCAGCCCUCUCAGGGAAGAAUCCCUCUUGCCACUUGAAGAAGGUGAAGAACCUUCUGCUGAAGAUGUUCUCCAUCCUUCUGGACCUCAAGCCAUUCCUGCUGAUGAGACAGCUGCUGUUGCCCCUGCAGAUGAUGGCUCCCAGCCUGACACAACUCUGAGCAAUGACCCUCCAGAGCCACUGGACCCGCCUCGGAACAAGCAGGAGGAGAAACUCUCACGAGAGCAAAUGAUAGCCGACAGGGCAGAGAAGAGGCGGCUUGCGGUGGAGAGAAAACGAAGGGAGCAGGAAGAGCGGAAGCGGAAGGAGCAGGAAGAGCAGGAGAGGAUGGAGAGGAUGAAAGAAGAACUGGAACAGGAGCAGCAGAAGAGGAUGGCAGAGAUGCGUCUAAGGAAACAGCAGCUGGAAGAAGAGCGCCGGCGGCAGGAAGAGGAAGCAGCAAGGCAGCAACAAGCUGCAAAGGCAGCCCAGGAACAUGCACGGCACCAACAGGAAGAGCUCCGCAGGAAACUCCUGGAAAUGCAGAAGAAGAAGCAGCAGGAAGAGCAAGAACGCGCAGAAGCGGAGAAGCGGAGGCAGAAAGAAAGGGAAAUGCAGCUGGAAGAGGAACGCCGACUCUUAGCUGAGAUGGCAGAAGAGCAGCGCUUGGAGUACGAGAGAAGGAAGCAGGAAGAAGAGGAGCGAGUGAGGCAUGAGGCUGAGGAGAGGAGGAGAAGGGAAGAGGAAGAGGCUAGACUUGCAUUAGAGGAAGCAAAGAGACAAGCCUUAUUACUGGCAAGACAAAGGGCGGACUUGGAGAAGGAGAAGGAAUUCCAAUAUAAGCUGCUUGUGGAAGCUGAGGGGCUAGAACGAAGGCUGGCGAUUUCACGCCCAUGGGUUUAUUCGUAUUUCCAGCAUCCUUUUUUAAAUGUGGGAGAUGAGGAUUAAAGAGCGAGAACUUUUCCCAAGGACAACUCGCAGCCGCGUAGCUGUGGUCUUCUCGCCUUACUCCAAAAUGUCAGCAUCCCGUUAUUCACUUGUUUUUAAUUCAAUAGAGGCUGUUAAUCCACAUGAUGAGUGCCGUUGCCUUCUGACUAAUCACCUUGCAGAUUCCCAGUCAAAAGCUAUUGCCAAGCCCUCUUUCUAAAACAAGCAAGAGAGGGGAGAAAUGGCUUCAUCUGGACCACUGGGCAAUUUUGGACACUGGACAUUGUCGGCAAGACGACCUGAGGUCUUCACAAGCCUGGAGAACCCACCAUUGGAGAAGCCGUCAAUGAAAUCGAAUGAAAGUUGCACUCCGUGUUCUAAAGCAGGAGCAGCAGACUGGUGAGUCAUAGGAAACAUGUGGACUGCAAGUUAGCUUUGUCUAGACCAGGCAUCCCCAAAUUGUGGCCCUCCAGAUGUUUUGGCCUACAACUCCCAUGAUCCCUAGCUAACAGGACCAGUUGUCGGGGAAGAUGGGAAUUGUAGUCCAAAACAUCUGGAGGGCCGAAGUUUGGGGAUGUCUGGUCUAGACAACCCCCUGCCCCAAUUCACUAGUUUUGCGCUUUCUCGAGGCCAGAGACAAGGAGCCUGUGAUCUUCCAGAUGUUGAGAUUGUGGCUUCACUCAUCCCUGAACAUUGGCCAUGCUGAUUGGUAUGGGAGGGAGUCCAACGACGUUCAAUUCAGAGCGGCCUCGCCGUAUGAUGAAGAUUGCGAUCCAAGUAGUGUCACACAAAUGUCACCCUACGCUUCAGAAUGGGGUACAGGUAUAAAAAUGAUAAAAAACAGAUCAAUCCCGAGUUCACGAAGAAGAGAUAAAACACCCAAGUGGGAUUCAUCCAUCCAGGCUGAUUAAAUGAGUUUCCUACAAAUCCCUGAGGAACAGAGACAAGUUUUAAUCUGGCAGUAUUGACACCAACCAUGCUUCUGAGAAGUCAGGCCUACAAAUGGGAAACCAUUGCAGAGAAGACCCUUUCCCAUGUCAACUCAUGUGAUUUGUAAUCCAGUAACACCUAGCAGGGCUCUAUGAGCCACCAGCUUGUAGAAACUGGAAAUGGAACAGGAUGCAAAAUCCUGGCUCGCUCAUUUCUACAGAACAUGGGGGCAACUGAUACCUAUGAGCUAUCUGGGUUAUUCAUUCGAGUGGCAGCGGCACUGUGGCCCAGGAAGAAGAGGAGAACAUCAGGUGCCAGGCUAAAAACACAUUUCCGUUCA